AUCGUGGUAAUUUCUUGGAAUUAAUUAAGCUGAUGAGUCAUCAUAACUCAACACUUCAGUACCAUUUAGAAAAAAUAAAUUCAAGCAACCAUAAUAGACUUACCUUCAUGUCUCAUGAAAGUCAAAAUAAGUUAUUGUUAAUUAUUGCAGAAAUUAUUAGAUCCGUAAUUGUAAAACAACUCAAAGCAGCUGGAUUAUUCUCUGUUAUCAUUGACACAACGACUGAUGUGGCAAGUCUGGAACAAUUUUCUUUUGUUGUUCGAUAUGUUCAUGAAGGAAGCAUCGAAGAACGUUUAUUAAGUUUGGUUACAGCGUCAGAUGCUACAGGAAAAGGGCUGUAUAAUACUUUUUGUACUAUAACAGAAAUGUAUCAGAUUGAUUGGAAAACCAAAUUAUGCGCUCAAUCGUACGAUGGUGCUGCAGCUAUGCAAGGAGAAUACUCAGGACUACGCACAUAUAUUCAGAAUGAAAACCCCAAAGCAAUUUAUGUGUGGUGUUUCGCACACUUGCUUAACCUAGUUAUCGUCGAUACAUUGGAUUCUACAACUGAUACCAAAAUAUUUUUUGGGGACUUGCAUGGAAUUGUAACAUUUAUGAGAGCAAGGAAAAGAACUGCUACAUUUUAUGAAUGCCAAAAAAAAUUAAACAUUGAAUCUAAAGCUAAUGAUAGAAUUCGAAAAAUCAAAAAUUUUUCAGAUACACGGUGGACGUCCCAUGACCGUGUUAUUACAGUAAUACAUGAUAAGUAUGAAGCUUUAAAAAAUACUUUAGAAUUGCUAUCAGAAUCCACAGACAGAGUAACUGCUUCAAAUGCAAAAUCGUUUCUACAAAUAAUUUCUUCGUUUCAUUUUGUAUUGGUUCUUAAGCUAAUGAAAAGUAUAUUCACAAUAACUACACCAACUUCAUGUUAUCUGCAAUCAAAGAGCAUUGAUUUUAUUCAAGCCAUUAAAUUAGUAGAUGAAACUAAAAAAAGAUUAUUAGAAUUGCGUUCUGACAAAUAUUUCCAAGAACUUGUACAAAAUACCAAACAAUUUACUAAUGAACAGAAUCUCUGUGAAAAUGAUUUUAAAAAAGUCCGAACGAGGAAAACUAAAAAAAUGCCUGGAGAAAAUGUACAAGAUGAAAUUAGUUCCUCAGCAUCAGACAGGUUUAGAGUGAACACAUAUUAUAAAUGUUUGGACCAAAUAACUUCAUCUAUAGACAAUAGAUUUAGUAAUGCUAGAGACAUACUGAAAGAUCUUGCGUUACUAUCCCCAGAGCGGUUAAUGGAAGCUAAAUAUAAAUCGGAAAUGGAUCUUCCAGAUAAAUGUUUUUUAGAUUUGGCCACAUGGAUAACUGAUAUUAAUCCAUACCAACUUAAAACUGAAUAUUUAUUAUUCAGCAAAAGCUUAAAAGAAUUGAUUAUUGGAAUGAAAUUCCCAGAUAAUCAAUCUAAUGAAUCACUUGAUAUUAACUCUGAAGAGGAUUCAUCGGAAGAUGAACAUCAAAAUAUUACGAGCAAACCAAAACAGAACAUAACACUAGGAACUAUAUUAAAUGUUCUCUCAAGUUUUGACAUUAUGAGUGCCUUUCCGAAUUUGUAUUGUGCUUAUAAAGCAUUAUGUACAAUUCCAGCCUCAUCAGCCUCAGCAGAAAGAAGCUUUUCAAAGGUUAAAUUGAUCAAAACUAGACUUAGGUCGACAAUGUCACAACAAAGGUUGGAGAGUUUAAUGUUGAUCUCGUGCGAAAGAGACAUACCCAUUGAUAUCAAUGAAGUUAUAAACAAAUUUGGACUGUCAUCAAGUGUAUUGAGAAAAGAAUUAAUGUUUGGAUAAUUGUUUUAAUUGAAAGUACUAUAAUAAGAUUUAUUAAUAAAGCAGUAUUUAUAUAAUUUAUAAAAGUUAUUUUUAUUGUAGUACCCGCAACAUGAAUUUUUAGAAAGGCUAAUUUGAUAUAGAAUUAUAAUAGGGGGUGUGGGGGGCGUAGCCCCCCACGGCUCUGUGCAAAAUAAAAAAGGUGGGUCGUGUGUGCUGCAACUAACAUUUUCUUGCCUCACUGUCGAAAAAGUUCGCGCCG